AAUUCAGAAUUGAAUCGAGAAUAUGCGUAGUGCGUAAUGCUAGUCGAGUGAGGCGAGUACCUAGUGAGUUCUGGUUUUAAAUCGUGAACGCGCACAAUGGAAAUGCCGGUGUCAAUCAUUUUGUGUUGAAAAUACUUUUUCUCGAUGCGCUCUCUCAGCGAACUUGGCACAGUGUUUAAUGAGUACAUUGUUAAACUACUAUUAAAUUCAAAAUAUCAAAGUGGCAUCCGUAAAUUGGCUAUGUAAUUGGUGAGGAAUCAAUUUGUAUUCUUAAUUUGUGUUGCAUCACCUCCGCAUUCACUGGUUUUACGUCGCUUUGUCUAAAAGCAAUAAAAACAUUACCGAAGCGUAAAAUUAUUAUCGGACAAUAUAAGUGGUUGGGCAACAAUACUAGGUGAAACGUGCCCCGCGUGAAGAAAGAGACUUGAGUUUGUAGUGUCUGAAUCAUACUUUCCGUAUUGCACAAACAUGGCACAAAUGGUUGCAAUGGAAUCGAUCGAUUUGAACGACGCGACCAUCAGCAUUCCACCCGAAAUCCGGGUGGACCAGAUACACAUUGAAACACCAGAGGAAAGAUACGAGAGAUUACUAAGACGAGCCAAAACGGAAGACCUAUCGGAAGUGUCUGGCAUUGGAUGCCUGUAUCAAAGCGGCGUUGAUAGACUUGGCAGACCCGUUGUUGUGUUUUGUGGCAAAUGGUUUCCUGCACAUAACAUCGAUCUAGAAAAGGCCUUGCUCUAUCUGAUAUACCUACUGGACCCAAUCGUCAAAGGUGAUUACGUGAUCGCUUAUUUCCACACUCUGACCAGUUCAAACAACUACCCUUCUUUGCAAUGGCUGAAGGAUGUCUAUAGCAUACUGCCGUACAAAUACAAGAAAAAUUUAAAAGCGUUCUAUAUCGUGCAUCCAACCUUUUGGACAAAAAUGAUGACUUGGUGGUUCACAACGUUUAUGGCUCCAGCGAUCAAAACCAAAGUUCAUUCACUUCCUGGUGUGGAGCACUUAUAUUCUGCCAUCGCGAAGGAUCAGUUGGAGAUUCCGGCCUAUAUAACCGAGUAUGACAUGGCGACGAAUGGUAUACAUUACUUCCAACCUAUUACCAACACUUCUUCACCAGCAUCCUAAGCGUCGAACAACGUCGCUUUCCUAAACUUUCGUCUAAGCGGUCAGCUAUGAAUUAACCUUAUGCACAAGUGAUCAUUAUACUCCGGAAGCUCGUUACGGUACCACCGUUCUCCACCAAAGCGUCAAAUUUUCAUCCAGUCAAACGUUUACACCUAUUGCUAGUAAAUGCCUCAACCUAUACCUUUAGCAGAAAAGCUUUUCGUUGGACUUUAUUUAGGUGAAAGUAAUGUCGUGUUAAAAAUACUAUAGUAAGUAGAACUGAAACCGAAAUCUUGGCUUCCCAUUGAAUGUUGCAUAUGGUUGGAAGGUCGUUGGAUGGAACGAAAUCUAGGCAGUUAAUAGGUAGCUACAUCCGAUAAACUGUCUUAUUUAAAGAACAGUUCGGCUUAUCAGCUUAUUGUUAUUGUUUUUAAAAUUAUGUUUAAAAAUAUCGUUCAAUACGUGGUCACGAUUGCGUAUGUGUAGGAACUAAAACAAAA